UUGGCAAAUAAAUAUUGGGCUCCUCAUACGACGGACUGUCACCUUCCCUUUGAGUCAAAAAUCGUGGAGGAGAUCUACAUCCAGGAAAUAUGCGCCUCGAAAUUCUCAAUUCGUCGGAUAAUGAUGCUCGAGUUCAGUCAGUACCUCGAGAAUUUUCUGUGGCCGAAUUACGAUGGAAAAACAGCGACUCGUGCCCACACAAUGUCGAUAGUUGUGAUGGUGAAUGAGAAAUUCCGAGAGAGAGUGCAGGUGUGGGAGGCCUUUGAGAAGAAUUCCAGCCAUUUCUCCGGAUUUUUCCAGAGGGUGUUGGAGGCCUGCCUCGAAGAUAGCAUCAUGGACUUCGAUCUGAGAGAACAGACAGCACUUAUUGUCUUCUUGAAUCACUGCUUUAAUUCGAUGGAGGUGAUUUUGGUGAGAGAGGAGGUGAAGAGACUCGUCUCUCUAUCUAUGUGGCUAUCCCUUCAGCAGGGGAGGAGAGAACUGGAGUUCAGAAAACAUCCGAAAUGGAGGAAACAGUGGAGGAUCAUUCAGAAACGAGACAAAUCUGAAUUGAAGGAGAAACUCGAGUGGGACAGGAAGUUUCUUCACAAGUUGAUGAUUAAAUUCAUGACCAUUUUGGAGACCAUCCAGGAGGAGGGUCAGCUUAAUCCUGAUAAGGUCAGGUACUGUGAGAGAUUCUUGGAACUUGUUAUUGAUUUGGAGGCUCUGUUACCCACCAGGAGAUUUUUCAAUACUGUUAUGGAUGAUUGUCACCUCGUCGUUCGUUGCCAGCUCUCGAAUUUGUUGAAGAGACCUGAGGGAGGACUCUUCGGACAGAGAUUUAUUCUCUUUUUUGCACUUUUUCAACCACAAAUUAAAUCGAGAUUGAUAAAAGGUUUAUAA